UGAAAUAAAAUUAAUUAUAUUUGAUGUAAAAUUCCAUUGUUAUCAACGCCACGGAUUUGCUUUCUGUCGUUAAGUAUAAAACAAGCAAUUAUAUCUAGCAGUCAGUAAAUGUUAAUUGUUACGUGCUGAUAACGAGAUAUUUGUCCCAGCAUCUCAGUACUGGCUGGACGUGUUGAAAAAAAAAACAAUUAAAAAAGAAAACAAAAAGAAGAGUUUUUAAAAAUGCGGUGGCAUGGUUGUGGCGCGCCGAGCCGCGUCCCGCCUAACACCAAUACACAACUUUAGUUUAUUCAGUCCGCGUCGGUGUGCGCUAGUGUACACGUCUCUGACGUUUUUCGUCGUGUUUCAUACCCAUACACGUACAGUGAACAGCUGAUUUCGUGAACAAUAUUGUGUUUAGUGUGUGAAGUCUCUAAAAUCGAGAGCUCUUCCGCGCGACGCCAGCCGUGGUGUGGCACUGAUAUAAUCCAGUCAGCAAUAUUUUGAAAUGCUACUUCUGCUGAUAUUGAACUAUUCGAAACCUUGAAUCUUAAUGCCAAGAAGGUGCGAGCCGUUUGAGACUCGAAAGCGACACGCCGUUGAAAGUGUAUUUAUUAAAAGUGUGAGAUCGAGGACUAGCCGGUCCUUGAUGUCAUCGACAAGUUACAAUCCUUGCGCUCUCAAACUUUGUAUAUCGAAGAGGCCCUGCCGCUACUCCGCUAGAGAUCCCAGGUUAAGACACUGGUCCAGAGAAUUCGAGAUCUACUCGCCGUAGAUUCUCUCCCUAAUUGGAUUUAUAAUCCAAUUCUGGUAGUUUUCACACGGUCCUAUAGAGGACUGCGUUUGAACGUUCCUAGUACGUACCUAAAUUCGUACUUAAAAGCAUCCCUUUCGGAGGCUAAUGGACACGCAAACAAAUGCAAAUGGAAUUGCAGGUAAAGGGAAGCCUGAUGGCCAUGGAUGGAAUGUACCGUCUGAAGAGAAGAAGACUACGUCUCCCUCGCUGCCGAAGACGAACGAUGUUAAAUCCAUAGAUGGUAUGAUCGAUAGUCAGAAAGAUGUGAAAGAUAUUGAAGAGAAUAAAAAGCACCCGUUUCGAAGGCCAGCAGAUACGCAUACGGUCUACGCAAAUGGUGUUGCAGGCCAAGAGAAGCCUGUUGAAUAUGCAUGGAAAACACCGUCUGAAGAGGAAAGUACUACAUCCCCCCUUUUGCAGGACACGAAAGAUAUUAAAUAUAUAGACGGUGUGGUUGAUAAUAAAGGAUCUAAAGAGCUUGACACCCUUGCGGUGGGCUACCAUAAAGAUGGACAAAAAGAUGAAGAUGCGGUUUCUACUAAUGAAGGUGUUAAGUUCUUUGGCUUGGGAGAUACAGACAGUAUUUGCUCUAGCAAGCCACCGCCAGAAACGGGCCCUGCCAUACCAGAUGGCGGUUGGGGAUGGGUGGUCGUGGCCGCCUCAUUCCUCGUCGCCACUGUUGCCGAUGGCUUGGCUUUUUCUUAUGGCUUGAUGCAUGACAAAUUUGUCAUAUUCUUCGAAACCAGUGAAGCCAAAACAUCACUGAUUGGAAGCUUGUUUAUCUCUGUACCGCUUAUUGCUGGUCCGAUCAUGAGUGCCUUGGUCGAUAGAUAUGGAUGCAAAAAUAUGACAAUAGUAGGAGGAAUUGCUUCCACAAUCGGAUUUGUAGCGGCGUCCUAUAGUAAUUCAGUAGAGGUGCUGUACUUCACCUAUGGUAUUAUGGCUGGGUUGGGAAUGGGCCUGCUGUACGUAACGGCCGUUGUAUCAAUUGCUUUUUGGUUCGAGAAACGUCGUAAUUUGGCUGUUGGCUUGGGAUCCUGCGGAGUAGGAUUUGGCACAUUCAUUUAUUCUCCUUUAACGACAUAUUUAUUGGAAGAAUUUGGCUGGAGAGGUGCCUUACUGCUUCUCGCUGGCACUGUACUUAAUGUGUGCGUCUGCGGCGCUGUCAUGAGGGACCCAGAGUGGUUGAUAUUAGAACAAAAGAAAGCGAGACAGCUAAAUAAGUCAAAGAGAGCGUCAAGUUCCGUAUCUAUAUCAGCAAAGUCUGGCGGAGGUGAAUCCGUUUACCCAGGGUACGAUGAUUUGAAAACAAUGAUGAAGAGCGGAGAGACUCCAGAGUACAUUUUAACGGCUUUAGUCGCGUCGAUAGCUGAGGCUGAGAACUUGGAAGCAGCUACUAAAAUGAACGCAGAUUUGUCUCAACAACAUAAAGUUAGCUCUGUGAUCAACUUGCCUACUUUCUUAAAGCAAAGCGAGAAGGUGCCUGCCGAAGUACUCGAUCAAUUAGUAUUAAAUAAACGGCUAUACAAUAUCAUUUUGCAAAACUAUCCUUCGUUAUUGGCAUUGAGAAGCAACUCAGAACAAAAACUGCCUGUAGAAUCAUCAGAGAAAGCUAAGCCGGUCAAAAUGUCUAUGAAGUUCAAACUGAACAAGAAAGAAAAGAAGGAUUUUGAGUCGAAACUCGACGUAGUAAAGCAGAAAUUACUUCAGCCUAUCCCAGAAAACAAACCAGCAUUGAUAGCGCCGAGGCCCGAACGUCAGGAUUGGUUUUCAAGGCAUUUUCACACUGAUCACCAUUAUCUGAGAGAUAUAAGGGUGCACAGGAAUUCUAUCAUGCAUCGUGGAGCUAUGAUGAACAUUGCGAAGUACAAACUCCGUGCGUCGUCUUGUCCUGAUAUUUAUAGAAAUUCCAUGUGGUCGGUUGAAGAUCAAGAAGAAAAGACUUGGGGUAAGCGUGUCAUCGAUGUCAUCAACAAAACCUUCGACUUCAACAUGUUCACGGAGUUCCAUUUCCUGAUGAUGAACCUUUCCACCCUGGUGCUGUUCAUCUGGUUUAUUGUUCCGUACUUCUACAUUUCUAACUUCAUGUCCAUGAGCGGAUAUUCAGAAGCAGAUGGGUCUUGGAUGCUGAGUACUUUUGGUGUUGCUACUAUUAUUGGUAUUGUUGGUCUCGGCUGGAUGGGAGAUUUGCCUUGGGUCAACGUCACGAAGACCUACGCCAUAUGCCUCGUCUUCUGCGGCAUCUCUAUCAUUAUGUUCCCUGUCCUCAUCCGUCUCCUGGACCCCACAGCCCGUUCCAGUUUCUACAUCCUGGCCAUCAACGCUGCGAUCUUCGGACUCAUGUUCUCUAGCUCAUACUCUUACACCCCUAGUAUCCUGGUGGAGCUAAUUGCGUUGGAACGGUUUACCAUGGCGUAUGGCCUUGUCCUGCUAAGCCAAGGUGUUGGACAUCUCAUCGGGCCGCCUAUUGCUGGUUCCCUACGUGAUACUACGGGUUACUGGGACGCUGCGUUCUAUAUGGCUGGUAUCUGGGUGAUUGUGUCUGGGUUCCUAGUAGGCGUGAUACCUUACACCCAGAACUUCAGGAUCUGCGGCAACGCACCCCUGGCUAAGGAUGUCGCUGGAGAACCAGACCCUGGCAUCAAGAUUAUCAUCGCCCAUUAACCGGAUAAUAUUAUAUAAUUAAUUUAAAUUAAAUCCCUAUAAAAUAAUCUAAUAAAAUAUCUUUAUCAGUCUUUAAUAGUGCAAAACAGUAGUACAUAAUUUCGAGAUUUUUAAAAAAAAGUCAUGAAAGCUACAAUCGUACAGCCGAAUUGACAUAACUAAUAUUCUUGAAAACUUUUAGAAAAUUUUGAUAUAUUCUAGCAAUGUGCUUUAAUUAUUUGCUAGGCACUUACUAGAUUACAGAUAGAUAAUAUGUAUUUGAAGACUCUCACAGAGAUUUUUAAGCCUUCUCAUUUUGAAUUUGACAUAGUAGACAGUUGUACAAUGCCGUUAAGCGGUACUACCAAUAUUAAAACAUAAAUAUGUUAUGUUGCCAGCACUGUUAGAGUUGUCAAUCUUUAUUUGUGAUUUAUCACUUUUUGUAUUUUUUAUUAUUUCCUUAUGUACUUUUUAUUAUAUUUUUGUAGGUGUUAGAACGCACUUAAAUUCUUUGUUUAAAGAUAUUAUUUAUGCUUAAAGAUUGCGUUUUUGAGUGUGACUAAGCAUGUUUAUUCAGAUGAUGUUGCAAAUCUUGGUACCUUUUUACAUGAAUAUGAUAUUUUUUAUCACUUAGAGAUUUUGCAGAAUGUUCAGUGCUGAUUAGUUCCAAUUAAUGUAUGAGUGCCUGUUUUAGUAUGUUCUAGAAUAAUAUAAUUAUCAUAAUGGCGUAUGCAUAUUUUUUGCCUAUUAAUUAAAGUAUUGUACUUAUCACAUAUAAUAUUGUUUGCACUUUUGAUUGUAAUCGUAGUUUUAAUGUUAUUAUUUAUAUCAUCAUCGCCAUAGACAACCGAAAAUGGCGGAAAAAUAUCAGAAUAUGGAAAAAUAUGAUCUCCAAAUUCAUGUAUGGGUGAGUUGGGGUAUCACCGGUUUACGGGUAAUCACGUUGUUUUAAUAUUACUGCUAAACUGUAACUAAAACUAAUACAGGGAAAAACAAUUUUGGUACGCUACAAAUGUCACUUCAAGCUGUUUUGUCCGUAUUAGGGAAUGUUGUCGGAUUUAGGCUUUAGCAGUUAUCAUGAAACAAGUUUUCAUGAUCCGGUACUACCCCAAGUCACCCUAUAAUAUUAAUUGGAGCGUAUUUUACUAUAUAUUUAUUUGUGGACAUUUCUUACGAAGGUAUUUUUGUGUGACUUGCUUUAAUGUUUAGGUACUUAUAUCAACAGGACGCAAAAAGUUUAUUUAGAUUUUGCGUUAUGUUUAAUCGCCUUAGGCUAAAAUGGCAUAGUAAUUUAGAAUUGACUUACACCGUAUACUCCUAAAAAAUAUGAAGAUAAUACAAAAAUAACUAUCAUUAAAUUAAUUCUCAAAUUAAUAAAUUAUUAAAAUCCUUACAUUUUUUUCCAUGGGAUAAAAGUGUGUAAUAACGAGGAUGACGUAUUAUAUUUUUUUUUAUUAUUAGCUAAUGACAGCUGUCAAUAUAUAUCACUGCCCAAAAAAAUGCAGGUAUAAUUAAAACUAAAUUAUUUUGAUAUUUUUGUAUUGAAUAUUAUUGGAUAAAAUAAAUGCCUAAUUUACUUGCCAUUUGGAAACACCGAUUAUUAUGAUGAUUUUAUUGUUAUAGUGGUAAUUUUCAAAGUAUUUUAGAGUGUAAGUUUGUCUACUUAGAUUUAUAUUAUGUUUCAAAUAUUAAUCGUGUAUCGAUUUCUAUGUAUCAUUAUAUUAUUAAAUGAAUUUAUCAAUCAAGUA